AUGGAUGGUGUGGUGGAUGGGGUGAAGGAUUGUGUGAUGGAAGGUGUUGGGGAUGGCGUGAUGGAUGGUGUGGGGGAAUGUGUGAUGGAUGGUGUUAUGGGUGGUGUGUUGGGUGGUGUGAUGGAUGGUGUGGUGGAUGAUGUGGAGGAUAGUGUGGUGGAUGAUGUGGUUGAUAGUGUGGUAGAUGGUGUUGUGAAUGGUGUGGUGGAUGGUGUGGUGGAUGGUGUGGUGGAUGGUGUUUUGGGUGGUGUGGUGGAUGAUGUGGUUGAUAGUGUGGUGGAUGGUGUUGUGAAUGGUGUGGUGGAUAGUGUGGUGGAUAGUGUGGUGGAUGAUGUGGUGGAUGGUGUGAUGGAUGGUGUGAUGGAUGGUGUUGGGGAUGAUUUUGGGGAUGGUGUGGUGGAUGGUGUGGAGGAUAGUGUGGUGGAUAGUGUUGUGGAUAGUGUGGUGGAUGGUGUAGUGGAUAGUGUGGUGGAGAGUGUGGUGGAUGGUGUUUUGGGUGGCUGGUGUUUAUAUGGACCGGCGUGUUGGGGGUUGGGGUGGGGGAUAGUGUGUGUAUGA